CGAACACACGUGCAGUCGGCGAAAACCUAUAGCACGGAGUGAUUAUGGCUCUUGGUUCCCAAGUCGAAACAGCGGCGGAAAAUGGAAUUGAUGAACCCAGCAGAAACGCUGUUAACAGUAAAAAAGAAGAUACUGACUCGAGUUCUUCGGCGUCUCACAAAGGUGCACAAGGAAAUGUUGCCAAUGGACCCCAGAGUUCUGGUAGCAAGAUGAGAGAACAACAGCUGAACGGUGAAAGGGGACCAGAGCCUGUUCUCACCAAUGGGCAUGCUGAAGAUGAGGAGCCUGAAAAAUCUAAGGACAAACAGUCAGUGACCAAAAAUGGGUUGCUGUCAGAGGAGCAACAAAAAGAGAAAUUAUCCAAUGGACAUCCAUCAAUUGAUGAGACUAUUAGUGGUAGGGUGUCAGAGACACACAGUGAAGAGAAAGACAAAGAGAAACUGAAAAAUAAUGAUGAACAGGUGACCAAAGAGAAGGUGAAGGCUAACUGUGAAGAGAAGGAAAAGGAUGAUGUAGAUAAAUUCAGGCAGAAAGUAAGAGACAAUGACGACGAUAAAGAUAAUGAGAAGAUGGAAAAAGAUGAAGCUGCUAGAGAGAGAGAAAAAGAUAAGAAUAAAGAUGAGGAACAAAGCAAAGAGAAAUCAAAACCCAAGGACAAGGAUAAAAGCAAAGAGAAAACAGUAACUGAUAAGGAGAAGGAAAAAGAGCGAGAUGACGAAAAGAAAGAAAAGGAUGAUGAAGAGAAGGAAAAGGAUGAUGAUAACGAAAAGGACAAGGAUAAAGACAAAGAUGAUCCAGAAGUUGUCUUUAUACAGGAUAUGGGGUUCACAGUUAAGAUUGCAAGUCCAGGCUCAGAGCCAUUUGAUAUUCAGGUAUCAAGUAUGGAACUGGUUCAAGAGAUUCACCAGCUACUCAUGGACCGUGAGGAUACAUGCCACCGUACCUGCUUUUCCUUGCAACUGGAUGGUAAUGCACUGGACAAUUUUGCUGAGCUGAAGAAUGUUGAGGGUCUCAAAGAAGGGUCUGUUAUUAGGGUUGUUGAAGAACCAUAUACUAUGAGGGAAGCAAGGAUACAUGUAAGACAUGUUAGGGAUCUACUAAAAUCCCUAGAUCCUGCAGAUGCUUAUAAUGGUGUUGAUUGCAGUUCUCUCUCAUUCCUCAAUGUUGUAACACAGGGUGAUAUAUUGGAAAAGAAGAAGAUGAGACCAGAGAGUGUAGACUGUACUCCACCAGACUACAUAAUGCCAGGAAGUCGUGAACGUCCGUUGCUUCCAUUACAACCUCAAGCAAAGGAACAAAAAGGUCCCCAAUGUGUAAAGGUGCUCACAACAUCUGGCUGGAACCCUCCACCAGGCUACCGGAAGAUGCAUGGUGAUCUUUUGUACCUUCAUGUGGUCACCCUUGAAGAGAAACAUUAUCACAUUACAGCAUGCUCACGUGGCUUCUUUGUGAACCAGUCUACAGAGGAUGAAUUCAAUCCAAAACCAGCAAGCCCAAGCCAUCUGUGUCACUCAUUAAUAGAGCUACUGAACCAGAUAAGCCCUGCUUUUAAGAGGAAUUUCUCAGUAUUGCAGAAAAAGCGCACACAGCGACACCCAUUUGAACGUGUAGCCACACCAUACCAAGUGUACACAUGGGGAGCACCUCAACUGGAACACACAAUUGAUGCUAUCAGAGCAGAGGAUACAUUUUCAUCAAAGCUGGGAUAUGAGGAACAUAUUCCUGGGCAGACAAGAGACUGGAAUGAGGAGUUACAGACUACGAGGGAAUUGCCUAGAAAAAAUCUGCCAGAGAGGCUGCUAAGAGAACGGGCCAUAUUCAAGGUUCACAGUGACUUUGUCGCAGCUGCAACUCGAGGGGCUAUGGCUGUUAUAGAUGGCAACGUAAUGGCCAUCAAUCCUGGUGAAGAAGCAAAAAUGCAGAUGUUUAUAUGGAACAAUAUAUUCUUCUCACUUGGAUUUGAUGUCAGAGAUCACUAUAAGGAAUUAGGAGGAGAUGCUGCAGCCUUUGUUGCACCGCGAAAUGACUUGCAAGGCGUCAGGGUCUACAGUGCUGUAGACCUUCCUGGCUUAUACACGUUGGGAACAGUGGUGAUUGACUAUCGUGGCUACAGGGUGACAGCUCAGUCCAUCAUUCCAGGUAUUCUGGAGCGUGAACAAGAGCAGUCGGUUGUAUAUGGCUCUAUAGAUUUUGGAAAGACAGUAAUCUCUCAUCCUAAAUAUCUUGAAAUGCUAAACAAGGCUGGACAGCAAUUGAAGAUCCUGCCACAUAAAGUAUACAAUGACAAGCAUGAGGAAAUAGAGCUGUGCUCUUCAGUGGAAUGCAAAGGAAUUGUGGGCAACGAUGGACGUCACUACAUUCUCGAUCUCCUUCGAACAUUUCCUCCCGAUGUCAACUUCCUCAAAUUGGAAGGAGAGGAGCUUUCUAAGGAAGUGCAAGCCUUGGGAUUUCCAGUUGAACACAAACAUAAGUUAUGUUGCUUGCGUCAGGAGCUGAUUGACUCGUUUGUAGAGUCACGAUACAUGAUGUUCAUAAAGUAUGCUGCGUUACACCUCCAGCAGCUAGGUGUAAAGAAACAGCGUGAGCGUGAAGCUUUACGUAGCAGCCAGGAGAGGGAUAAUGCCGUGGAACAAGAAGGCAAAGAUAAAGACUCAGUAGACAAAUCAAAAACCGAAAGUACGAGGAAAAGUCCAGAAACUGAUGUAGUGGCUUCAACCGAGAAUCAAAUGGAAGCUGAUGAAGCAAAGAAAAUAGUUGAGAGUAUUACUGAUUCUAUCUCAAAUGGAGAGAAACAAGAAUUGGAGGAGAGCACAAAGGAGAUAGUUCGGAAGGCAGCACUUGCUGUUGGGUCUCUAAAGGAAACUGAGUUUGACAUCCGCUUCAACCCUGAUGUCUAUUCUCCUGGAGUUCAGCACAUUGAUCCAGAUGGGGAAAGGCUUAAAAAGGAGCGUCAGCUAGUCAAGGAUGCUUGCGAGUUCCUCCUUACUGUACAAAUACCGACACUUAUUCGUGAUUGUCUUGAUCAUUCAACAGCCCCACUGGAUGGAACUACCCUUUCUGAAAUGAUCCAUAAUCGUGGUAUCAACAUUAGGUAUUUAGGAAAAAUUGCAACUAUGCUGGCAAAAGUGAAGCAGCUGGAGUAUUUAUAUAAUAUAGCUGCCUCAGAGCUAGUGACCAGGGCAGCAAAACACGUCUUCACGACUUACAUGCAGAGUACAGAGCUGAUGAACCUGUCUGCAGCAAUAAGUCACUUCCUUAAUUGUUUCUUGUCUGCCUGUCAAGUACCUCAUCCACAGCAAGUUGCUGAUGAGCUACAAACAAAAACCUCAAAGCGCCGAAACAAACGCAAGGGCCGUUCUAAUCCUCUUGUGAAUGCUGACAAUAAUGAAUGGGCUAAUCUAACUCCAAAGUCUCUGUGGAGUCAACUGAAGAGUGAAUUAAAAGCAUACUAUGACUGGGACUUGCCAGCUGAUUCUAUUGAAACAGCUGUUGAACAUUUCUCUUUCCAAAAGAUAUCAUUGCUUAGGUCAUUUUGUUUAAAAACAGGAAUACAAAUUAUGUUGAGAGAAUAUAGUUUUGAUAAUAAGAACAGGUUAACAUUUUUUGAAGAAGACAUUAUUAAUAUUUUCCCUGUUGUAAAACAUAUCAAUCCUCGGGCAACUGAUGCUUACAACUUUUACACUACUGGCCAGACAAAGAUUCAGCAAGGAUACUUAAAAGAUGGGUAUGAACUAAUAAGUGAGGCUCUCAAUUUGCUCAAUAAUGUGUAUGGAGCUAUGCACCCUGAAAUUGCACAGUGUUUACGUAUGCUUGCACGCCUGAACUACAUAAUGGGUGAGCAUGCUGAAGCAAUGGCUUACCAACAGAAAGCUGUUCUUAUGUCGGAGAGGGUCAAUGGCAUUGACCACCCUUACACCAUUACAGAAUAUACACAUCUUGCUCUAUACUGUUUUGCUAACAGUCAAGUGAGCACUGCACUGAAACUCCUAUAUAGAGCACGAUACCUGGCACUGCUUGUUUGUGGCGAGAACCACCCCGAAAUAGCACUACUUGAUAGCAACAUCAGCCUGAUCUUGCAUGCUGUAGGGGAGUAUGAACUUUCAUUACGAUUCUUGGAGAAGGCUUUAGCACUCAAUAUCCGGUACUAUGGCCCGAAGUCCCUAAAGGUUGCUGUUAGUUACCAUUUGGUGGCUCGUACACAGAGCUGCAUGGGUGACUUUCGAUCUGCCCUAAACAAUGAAAAGGAGACAUAUGCAAUCUACAAGCAACAGCUAGGUGAAUCGCAUGAAAAGACACGAGAAUCUUCGGACUGUCUUAGACACCUAACAUCUCAAGCUGUGGUGUUACAGAAAAAAAUGAACGAAAUCUAUACGGGGAAACCAGGGGCAACAUUGCCUCCAAUACAAAUACAACCUCCUUCAAUGGGCAGCGUUCUUGAUAUGCUGAAUGUCAUCAAUGGAAUUUUGUUCGUGCAGAUCAGUCAGCAAGACAUCGAAAAUUUCAAGGCUGAAAUUGAGAAGCGUCAGCUGAAGGAAUCUUCUCCAGCACUCUUGGACGAAAAAUCUGAGAUUCUUUCAGAAGUAAUAAAAGAUGCUGAAAAGAAAAAAGUUGUGAAAUCAAGUUGAAAACAGGCUGAAAAGGCUUAGUGAGGCCAUAGUGCAUUCAUCAUGUGUACAGACAAGGGCAAUGAUUUCAGAGCAGAUUACUAAGAGUCCAGUGACAAGGGUAAAGGUGUAAAACUGCAAGGGAAAAAAGCGAAGAGUGAAAUAAGUGAUGUGAGUGUGUGCCUACUGUCAGUACUUGACAUACCUUUGUGGAAAAUGACAAGUGUACACCAGAGCUGUAAGUUUUCAGUUUAUCCCAGAGUGCCAUAGGAGUUAACUCUCAGCUCUGUUUUUGUAUCUCUGUGACAAAUUUAUUAGGAGCUGUGUUCCUAGAAGCUGCAGCACACCAUUCUUCUGGGUUACAAAUAGUUUGUCCAUACAAGAACACAAGUGCAAAGCAUUGUGUUGUGCUGGAAUCCUCUGCAGCUGUCAAAUAGUGCCCAGGGGCAAGUAACUGAAAGUGGCCUAGUUUGUGUGUGCGUGUGUGAUGUGGAGUCAGUAAAAUGUUACUGAUUUUAUUGUUACUAUUUGAGAAACAUUGUUAAUGUUAUAUAUGCAUUAUGUACAGUGAGACACCUUUUGGGCUAAUGCAUACAGUAUUUUAUUUUUUAAAAAUACAAGAAAUUAUAUAUAAAUGGGUUUUUGUAACUUUGUUGCAUACGUUUAUCUGUUCUCUUGUUGUUACCUGUGGACUUAAAUAGCAAUACUUGUUACAUGUUAUUUGUAAUACCACAUCAGAAUGCAUUUGAGUAUUCCUGUGAGGUGUUGAGAAAAAUGUGAAACAUGUGCAUUGUGCCUAAGAUGGCUUUGCACUUGUGAAUUGUAUCAUUUUUCCCUCUCUCGUAAUGAGAGAGGUAGUUUCUCUUUGUUUUCUGUUAAUGAUGGUCAUGCAAACAAUGACUAGGUAUUUUGGUACUGGGGAUUGAAAAAGGUACCAUUGGUGAAAGAUUCUAUUAUAGAAUGUACACUAAAUUUAUAACUUGUAUUUAUGGUUGGGUGAUGAUGUUGAAACUGACUACUCAGGAUACGUUAUUAUUGCUGUUACAUACCUGUUAUCUGUUGUUGAGCUGCACUGAUAAGUAGUAGUUUUUAUUUCACGUCUGUACAUUAAAAACUUGAUUCUAUUGGACAAAAACAGAGUGGUGAGCAUUUACACGUCACUGAAGUUCUAAUAAAAUAUCUAGUCAUUCAUUAUUCGUCAUGCUAGAGAAACUACAAAUUUUCUACAGAAGUCAAGCUUCCUUAUGAUUAAAGCAAUUUUUUUUAAAUAUAGAAGCACAGCGCAUCCUGCAGAAGAAUGUUAUGAAUUUGAUAGUUACUGUGAAACACUUAUUACCUGAAUUCAUUUGAAGUUUUGUUUGAUUUUUCUUUGCAGAAAAGAUUUUCAGUGAAGAAGAAUAGUAGUAAUGUUUACUGAAUUAUCUGAAAACCUAAUCAUACAAUAGGGUUGCCAUUUCAUCAGACACAAUAGUAGCUCUUUACUAUUGUUGACAUAUACUGCAAUUCAGUCACACACUAUUUCGUAUACAUAUCUUUUCCAUUUACAUAAUGUUCUGCUUUUAUUUCCUAGCCAUUGUGUUUGAUUGAUGUAUACCAUUGUAAGAAGUCAUGCGUAUUGUGCGCGCAUCGUACAUCUUAUUUCUGAGAGUUGAAGAAUCUCAUAUUGGUUUCACUAAAAUAUUCUGAUACUUUACACGCAGGUGUUUUUUUUUUUCUGGAAAUGCUCACCACAAACUAUUUUUUAAAUGAAUAAAGUUUAAAUGACAGGUUAUUUAACAGUUGCAGCCUGUGUUCUGAGGAAGUUGUUGGUGUUACUGUGUAAAGCCAAAGAGUUGUUUCAUUGCAUAUGCAUAGUAGUAGUUCUUCCUGAAGAAGUGUGAAUAUGUUAGUGAUUAGUAGCAUGUACUGACUAGAGACCUGAUUUAUCUUUUAUAUAUAGUUUUAGGUAUUCUGAAAAAUUAUAGUUUUAUAGUUCUUUUGGCUGUUGCUUAAUGUUUGAAUUUUAAACUUUCGAUGGCAGUAUAGUAUUUUUGUAAAUAUUGUAGUGAACUUAUUUUGCUGAGUAGGUACUUUGUACUGUAUCCAAUUAGUUGACAUUCCAUAAUAGUUUUCACACAUUUUUUAACACUUCAUAACAGCAUACAGUCCUGGUGCUGGAAAUGGUUAAAAGUAUUUCCGUUAGUUCAAAAAAUGUAAUUCAUUUCCAUUAAAAAUGAGUGUCAAAAAUAAAAUUGUAUACUCCUGGAGAAUACAGCUUCCACAGCAAUAAUGGAACGUGCAGAUUUUUCAAGGUUGUUAAUUAUAUUAAGAGUAUCACUGCUAUAGGUCCAGGAAUAGAAUUAUUCUCAUCUGUAUGCAUAUUAAGAAUGCGCACCAUUCAAACAAGUCAUGAUAUUGUGACAGUCUUGGUGUUCAGUUUCAUAAAAUAAGCAACAAAAUAUUCAAUGAAAAUUAACAUGUCUAAGGAGUGUAUUCUGUUUAAAGAAAUGGUUUCUUCGUUUUUGUUAAUAAGGCGUGGUUUUCUUUAGAGUGAGUCUGUGGUAUUCACUAACAAAGUUGAGGCUUACAGGUGAUGCUUCCAAUUCCUUAUGAAUCAGAGACUGCUGUAAUUGGUGCUAAAUAAGUUCUCACUUACGCAUCGAAGGAUACUUAAAAACUCAUUCUGUUCGUCACAUUCAGGAACAUAAAUCUGUAGUUUUAUGUCUGAAUGUUACAUGUAGCUGAAAAAAAUGAUUCAGCAUUGUUCUUACAUUGCGCUCUCGAUAAAUGUAGUGUGCCUUAAAUAAUGUAAACUGGAAAAAAAUAAUAAUUUUUGAAUACAUAUCUCAUUGUGCAUGAUAAGUGAGGUUAACCUUUUGAUAUGAGUGUUUACAUUACACAUUGUUUCAUUCUUUUGUAAGCAUUGACUAGUCAUUCAUUUACUGUUGCACAUUUUUAUCAUUAUUACAGAAACUACUGAAAAUUUGAAAAGCACACAAUCAGUUAAAGUUCAACCAGUAAAUUAGUUGUUUGCUCAGUGAUUUAAUAAAAUUAAUAAUGCACUUAAUUUGAAAUUAUGCAAAUUUUUUUUAUCUGAAUGGGGCUUUUCACUGAAGGAAGGAGCUAUUAUCGUGAAUAUCAAAAUUUUUCAAAGAAGUUAUGUAGUAUUGGAUAUGAAAUCUGAGACCACAUAAGUGUUUACAGAGAUUGUUCCCUACAAGGUCACAAACAUGAGAAGACCAAUUCCUCAAAUUUUAUCUCUCUUACGGCACAAGAUAUGUUGUUAUAUCAGUCUCAAUGAGAGUAGUUCACCAUAUUAUAAAUUUCAUUGAUAUACGAAUCACUGUUAGAACUGGUCAUAUUCUUACCAAUGUGACAAGAGAAAACCUCUACUGAUAUGUCUGAAUUAUAGCACUUCCACAGAGAAGAAAUAUGUAAAAGCACUGUUACCCAGUACCUAAGAAUUUAGCUAUAGUAAAAGUAAAUUACAGUUUCAGUAUACCCAUUAUGGAUGACAAACUGCAACUGUGAUUUAAACUGGCAAUUUAUUUGUGCAUAAAUAUGCAACCAGUCACUUUUUUGGAUUUUAGAUAAGUUUUGUUGUGCCAUUAACUAGUUUUUAAGGCAUUGGAAGCUCAUGAUCAGAUGGUGUUACAGGAGCACCACAUCAUGGACCAAAUGUAGCUAGACUGUAUGGUGAUGAGGCUGGCUGAAAUGACUGAAAUUUAAUAACUGGUAACAAAAUGUUUAUGAAACAGAAAUGAUGUUAUAUUUUUGCUAAUUACAGUGCACUGCGUUGUGGUAUCCAUAGCAAAUUUAUACCCACAAUGUACAUUAUUGAGUGCACACAAAUAUACACAGUGUUUAGCUGCACUUGGUAUCACACUUGCACACAGAAUGUAAACAUGAGGUGUAAAUACAAUGUUGUUCCUGUAACACCUCCAUCUGAUGAGCGUGCUGUGGCUUUACAACUAAUUAAUGGUACAAUAAAUUGUAUCUAAAAUCCAAAAAAGCAACUGGCUGCACAUUUAUACCCAGCUAAAUUACCAAUCUAAAUUACAAUUGUUUGUUAAAACAAUAGUUUAAAUAAACUUAACUACAGACUCAACAAGGUUUUUUUCGUAGUAACCUUUUGUUUAAUGACUGGUACUGUUCAGUAAAUCAAAGUUUGGAAUCACUAUGUAAAUUAAAAUUGAUAGUGCCAAUCUUAUGGGAGUACAUAUGAAAUAAGUUAGGAAACAUUAAAAUGAGUGCUGGUCCUCUCCCACUAUUCUAAAGUGCUUACAGGAAGAGAAAAGGUGAAACUGAGCCUCAAAGGACUUACCUGUGGCAGUAUUUUAAAUUCAUACAGUUAAAUUUGUUUUCAGCUAGUUGUGACUGUUAAUAGGUGUUCAAAUUCUUAGAAUUCAUUCAUUUUAAGUUGCUGUUCAAUACUUGCAGUCUUUCAGCAUUAUCCCCAAUUUCCUAAAUGGGCAUCGAAUAAAUUUUACAAUUUAUGUAGUAUUCAAUUAAUAACUCCAUAGGGUGAAGUGGUUUUUUAGUCACUGCCAGUGUAAGAGAAUUUCUGAGUAUUUAAAUCUGAAAUACAUAUUCUGCUCAUUCUGCCAGGUGAGUUAUGAGAACUGGUGAUGUGAAUUAUGCAGCUUUUUAGGCACUUGAUUGAGAAGUUUGAACCUUAAAAUUUGAGGAAAGAUCAACAAGCAUAUUAAGCAGCAAUGGUUUAGAAAUUCAAGGGACAUACAGGGAUUGAUUGUUCUCAUUUCUCAGUGAAAGAAGCAUGUAAAAUGGCGUUCAAAAUGUGAAUGUUGUCAGUCUCACACUGCAGAACCAGUUUCAUAGAACAGAUUUCAUAAGAAUACUACAUGAUAAAUGUUGUCACCAUUUUUCGGUACCUAUGUUUGUGUGUUGCUCCUUAAAUUCACUAUAAGUUUGUAUUUGAUCAUGUUCUUUCCUAUUAAUAAUAAUAAUGUGCAUUUCUGCUAUUUUGACUGAAUUGCUGCUGUUCCGCCCUGUUUACUAGUUAUCACACAAAAAAAGAAGGAAACUGAAGCCUCCUUUUCUUUACCACAUUGAAGAGUGUGACCCCCAUUUUUCAGAAUAUCUGUUCAUUAGAACAUGUGUUCCAAUAAUGCAUCUCUUUCUAGAAACUUUUACAGGAGAUCAUAAAGUGAAAAACAUUGCUGUAAGAGAUAAGAUGAUCACAAUUUUGAAACUGUAAUUCAGUUUCAUUUGAUAGAUUAACUUUAUCUCAGAGACAGUAGUGCUAGCGGUAAAAGUUUGGCUAAUGAGCCACUGGUGUAUAGUUGUCUCAUUUGGCAUUUUGUUAUACUUUUUGUACAAUAUAAAAGAAAUUUGCAUUCAUGGAGCAAUAAUCAUAACAAUAAAAAGGGCUGAAACUCACUGAAAACUCUAGUAUUCAUCUGUAAUAUGCUGAUAGCAAAUGGUAUAUGGUUGUGUGCUUUUUAAAUUCUGUAAUUAAGGAGGGUCCUGAGAAGUGUUAGAAACUGCUUUAUGCUGUGAGAUUAUGAAAAGUGUGUUCAGAGAAAUCUGAGUAAUUAUUCUGGAAUGAGGAACAUCUGUAGGAAAUGAAAAAUUUGAUAGUCUAGGGGCAGGAGCCAUAAAAUGUGCAUCUGAUCAUGUCAUAAAUAAAAUAGAAAUUUUUACA